UCCUUACAAUUAGAACGGCUAUACGCGCAUGACAAUGACAACAAAUUUCAAUGCGCAUAGUCAAAACAUUGCGCAUUUCGUUGGCUAACCUCUCCGUGUCGAUCGACCGAGGUUCCGUAGCAGAGAAGAGAAAGUCUUUCACUUCAUUAUUGUGCUGUAUUUUGGUGCUUAGUGCGUGCUGAGUGACAUCAACGGGAUUUGAUUUCAUUGUACUGUCAGAAACAAAACUACAGGAUGCCGUCAGCAACGCCACCAGCAGAAAAUGGCGCGCCGCGCAGCGAACUCGAGCAGCUGCAAUUACGCGCGGGCCAGGUGACCGAUGAUUCCCUGGAAUCCACUCGACGUAUGAUGCAGCUUUGCGAGGAGAGCAAGGAGGCUGGCAUUCGUACUCUGGUCGCUCUAGAUGACCAGGGAGAACAAUUGGACAGGAUCGAGGAGGGUAUGGACCAGAUAAACGCGGACAUGCGCGAGGCUGAGAAAAAUCUGUCGGGUAUGGAGAAAUGUUGCGGCAUUUGCGUACUGCCAUGCAACAAAGGAGCAUCAUUCAAGGAGGAUGAUGGCACAUGGAAGGGGAACGACGAUGGGAAGGUCGUGAACAACCAACCUCAGAGAGUGAUGGAUGAGCGUAACGGCAUCGGUCCGCAAGCUGGAUAUAUUGGAAGGAUAACGAACGAUGCCCGCGAGGAUGAGAUGGAAGAGAACAUGGGACAAGUUAACACGAUGAUCGGCAACUUGCGCAACAUGGCCAUCGACAUGGGUUCCGAACUCGAGAACCAGAACCGUCAGAUCGACCGUAUCAAUCGCAAGGGCGAAUCGAACGAAACGAGGAUAACGCUGGCCAACCAGCGCGCGCACGAGCUCCUCAAGUAAACGACGGCAGCACACACAAAUCACACAUGUCUCGUGGUUCGGUCGGUUGCAAAUCUCAAUACACGUUAAAAAAACCUCAAACCAUUAUUAAUAAACGUAAAAUUACCCUAAAACUAUUAUUCCUAAACGUCAUAAUUUUAAUUUCCUGUAGACUGUUGCUUUGAAUUUUUUAUCUGUGGCGUAAAUGAUAAUUGAAAUGUAAUUUUGAUUAAAUUAAUACCACUGCAGCCGGCCAAUAAUUCUAGUUUGAGUAUUUACAUAAUGUUUACUCUUUCAAUUAACUAAUUAAUAAUUAAAAAGACCUUGAUUAUUGCGAAUGUAUUUAUUAAGUAAUCUAUUUUUGUGCUCCCAUUUGUGUAAUCGACGCUCAACAUGAAAUAUACCAAAUUUGGUGCUCACUUUAUGGAUACCAAGGCAUGUUAAAAAAAUUAAUCAUCAAAAAUAUAUCUAGUAAUAACCUUGAUGUAGAAAGUUGAAUAUUAAACUUUAUUAUUUUAUUAAAAUGCAUUUACCUAUUGUUAAUGUUACUAUAUUAGAAAAUAAAAAACAAAACGCAUGUCUAUAGUUAACAACAUGAUAACCAAAUUAAUUAUUUAUCUUAUCCGUGUUAAAGAUAUACUUAUAUAGAAAUUCAAUUAUAAUUGUAAUCAUUGUAGUUGUAAUUAUAAGGAUAAUAUAAGAUGGUUAGAUCAAAUCGGAUGAGUUGAUAUGUGAUAAUAGUUCGAAAUUAAGAUAUUAGCGUUAGACAGAUAUGUCUCAGGGAAUAUUUGAAUCUGAACAACAGAUCUUGAAGACAUUUCAUAGGAGCAUUUAUGUUAAAAUGUAACUUAGUUCCGAGCUUUAAUAAGUAUUCAGCAAUACGCCGUUUUUAAUAUUAAAUAGUUUAAAUAUGAUUUCGUUGUUUUUUAUUAUUAUUUUGUCUAUGGACAUUCCACGUAAACUAUAGGAUUAUUAUCAGAUUCGUGCAUAUCCUUACAACAUAUCUGCUUCUAUGAAUGGAUGAAAACAAUUUAAUUAUUAUGUAUAAUUAGUAAUUUCAAAUAAACAAUCGUAGAAAAUAUUAAAAGUAUAUAAAUUCAAACAUAUUCACACUGUCUUUGAUAUAUAUUUUGUUGUUAAUGAUUAUUUUAUACGAGAUUUUCUUUUAAAUAUAAAUGAAUGAGUACAUAGAUGUCAAUGGAUACAUUAAUACUUUAAGUAAUAAUUGGCAAAUAAUAAAAAAGGUCUUACUUAAUACUCUCAUUAGGCUUAACAUUAAUAUUAAUUAAAAAAAAAAAAAACUAUUUCUUAUUAACACCCUUCACGAUUGAUAUAACUAAUGAAUAAUAUAUACCAAAAGUUUCCCAUUACCUCGACCACGAGACAGACACAAAAACACAAACACAGACAGAUCUGCGUCGAAUACCGGUGAGAGUAACGAGACACGUAUAGCGGUUGCAAAUCAGCGAGCGAAUAAGCUGCUCAAAUCUUAAACAACACGUCGAUAAUGUUGCACGUUAUAAAUUUUGACGAAAUGGUGUUGCCGUAUUAAAAAAAAUCCCCUUCCAUUCCACAACGAAAUCCGGUUGUUCGCAAACAAUAAUAAAAAUGAUUUGUAAUUAUAAUAGUCAUACUUAAAUUCUAGUUUUGUUUUAUAAAAUAUUAUGGCAACAUCUUUUUGCGCAAUUUUUGUUUGUUAGUUAUAAACAUAGAUAACUGUUAUUAUAUAUUCAUAGAGAUAAAAAUAUGCAACAAUCACUUUAAAGCACUGGUGACAAAAAAAUAUGACAUCAUUACCUUGUUUGUUUAAAAUCUAAAACAUACUUUUUUUGUGACUUCGUGGAUAAAGGACAACGAGCCGUCGAAAAUUUAACUCUAUCUUGCCAUAUUUGAGUUUUAUAGAUGAACGAAAUAAAUAUUUAAUUUGCACGUAUUUUUUACUUCAGGUAAUGUGCCAAAGUUCCUUUCUAUUCACUAUCGUCUCUGAACGUGUUUAUAAUGACAACAAUUUAAAUGUACUCAGAGUUUAUUAUAAUAAAAUUGAAUAGCCUUUUAAAAUAAAUUAUUUGCUAGAAACAAUAACAUUGUAAGGAAGUACCAAUUUAGCUCAAAUAUAGAACAGAUAUUUUCGAUAGAAAAAAAAAUAGAUAUCCUCGGCAAAACUCGCUGAUAUUUUCUCGAACGGCAUUUAAAAUCUUAGAAUAAUAGACAUUUGAAUAUGUAAAAAUAUAGUGAGAUAAAGUUUACUAUUUUUAAGCUUGGAAAUGUAAAGUUGGCGUUAUAUGUAUGACAUACACGUAUUAUUUCGUAAUUAUAGGUUAACCUGUAUUAUCAAUAUAAAAUAUAAAUUGUUUAUUACGAAAUUAUGAUUAUUUUAUAAUUUUUAUGAAGAUGCUUUUUAUUAUUUUUAGAUUAAGAUUAUGGUGCCUAUAAUACUUUUUGUAAGUUUAAUUUUAAUCUGUGCUAUGAAGUAAUUUAUACUUUGUCUGUUCUCCUUGUCUUAUUUUGUCACAUUUGUAGUUUUAUUUAAUGGAACGGAUUUGGCGCAGUUUUCAUUUAAUUGAUGUUAACUAACAUCUACAAAAUUAGUAUAAAUUUUUUAAUAUCUUUGAAAUUCUCUUAUAACCUUACGUUAUAUCAAGUUAUUAAGCAACGUUGUAAUGUGAUUACAUUAAUAUGCAAUAGUCUAUUUAAUAGUUGAAUAUUUAAAAAUUUAUUACUUAAAGUAUAUUAUUGUAAGUAUGAUUAAGGUGGUCGCGUGGUUUUAUUUACUGUCGCUAUUUAACAUGUAUUGCCUUAACGAAAAAAAUAAAAAUGAGAAAAAGAAGAAACUUAAGAAUUGAUUGAUUUUUUUUUCAAACACGAGCCAAUGUGGAUAAUAACUACUAAUAUAUUAUUCGAGAAGUUUAUUUAUUUUGACAUUAAUUAAAAAUUAUAAUUCGAUUUAAAAUUUAAACGAAUGUAACGAGUAUCUAAUCCUGACUACUAAGUAAGAAGAUAUAAAAAGCGAAGGCUUUUUAAAACUUGGAAUUGCUAUAGAUAAAAAAAAUAUUAAUCUCUAACAAGCUUUUAUAGGGCUCAGGAUUUGAUAAGCUGUUGGUUAAAUUAUAAUUAGGAUUUUUUUUUUAAAUGAGAUUAAUAUUGGGCAAGUUCUUAUUGUUUAAAAGUGGCAGUAAACGAAACUGUGUAUACCGCCUUAUAAAGAUGUACCGGCCUUAGGAAUAAUGAUUAUAGGAAUGUUAAAAGGAAUGGCUUGAAUUAUUAUACUCAUGUACAGCGGGCCACUGACCAAAGCCAACGCUUCAAACUAUUUCCAACUUUAUUCCAAGUUAGUUUUCAAUAUUUUGUAGAAAUUUUAAGACUAUGGGUGGCCCUCUGUACGGACGUUAGUUUUAAGAGUUUUCAAAAUUUUUCUCUGUCUCUCUCGAUCGUAUUAGUUUAAGUAGCGUGGCCCGAUAACCACACGUUUAUUCUAAGUACAUAUUCCAAUCAUAAAAUAUUUUAACUGUAUCUUUAUUAAAGUAUAGUAUUGUGUUAUAAGAUCAAUUUAAUCAAUAGAUGUGUAUACCGCCUGCGCAAAUAUAUUCAUUUAUAUUCAGCCUAAUAUUAUCUAUUACAGGAUAUAGAUAAAUUAUAUCUAUUUUCUUUAAGAAUAGAAUAGUUAGUAUAAAAUGUUAAUUUCUAAUUAAAUUAUUGAUUUGUUAAAAUUACCUAUA